AUGGCAGACGUUUCGGCAACGAUCAAGCCAAUAGUACAGUCAUUAUCAAAAGACUCUGCAUCUCUGCUCAAAUCAGUUCAAGCAGCUUUGCCGGCCGAUUCAGACCUUCUAGAAGCAAAUCAAGGACCAUCUUUGCUUACAUUGAAAAAUGCAACUCUUCUAGGAUACAUGCACCAUCUCGUAUUGCUAUGCUCGCAAAGGCUGCGUGGAAAGCCGCUCAACAACGAGAAUGGUUCUGGACUAGUAAGAAAUUUAAUUGAACUUCGCUUGAUUUUGGAAAAGAUUCGACCCGUUGAAGGUAGGAUGCGUGGAUUGGUGGAAAGAUUGGUUCGAGCUGCAGAAGAUGAAGAUAAACGGAUACGUGAAGGAAGAACGGCAGAAAGUGCAGCCGCAGCAACGGAUGAAGUGGAUCCACUAUCUUUCAGACCAAAUCUUGCCGCAUUGUCAGGCAGCACAGGCACGAAUGGUGAUGCAAACUCUUCCGAGAAAGAUGCAAAAUCGAAUCGGGACAGAGGUGAUGGAAUCUAUAGACCGCCCAGAAUGGCACCUGUGGUAUACAAUCCAGAGAGUGCGACAGCAUCCUCCCGCAAAGCAACAAAGGAACGUGUUGCACCUAGAAAUGCCGCUCUUCUAUCUGAUCUGAGUGCAAGUAUGUCUGCUAACCCGUACGAAACAUCAUCAGGUGGUGUGGGUGUUGGAGGCGGUAGUGGCUCUUCAAGUUCAUCAAGAGCAAAAGCGUUGGCAAGAAUGCAAGAAUAUGAAGAAGAUAACUUUACUCGUUUGAUCAUGAGCAAAAAGGAUGCUAAACGUCGUAGACGUGAUGAAGAAGAUGUUGCUUUGGGUGGAGCAGGUAGAGGCGAUAAACGUGGUCGUGUUGGGGCUGGUUUAGAGGAAGAAUUUGGUGAUCUUUUACGCAACCGAGGUGGAGACGAUUACAAGGGUGCCAAAAGAUCUUCUGCCUUACAAAGAUCGCGAGCAAACAAGACCAGCGGGGGUGAUGACUUUCUCGAUGGCUCCUCAAAGAGGCGGGGAGGAGGCGUGUUUGAGAAGAAAGCUCGUCAAGACUCCAACAAGAGAAAAUCAAAAGGAAGAAAGUAG